CCUUUUGAUUUUAUUUUUGUUUUGCCUAAAGACCCUGUGUGGACAGUAAUGACCGCACGUUUCCGAUUGCCUGCUGGCAGAACCUACAAUGUACGAGCAUCUGAGCUGGCACGAGACAGGCAGCAUACGGAGGUGGUCUGCAACAUUCUUCUCCUGGAUAACACUGUACAAGCUUUCAGAGUUAAUAAACACGAUCAGGGACAAGUUCUGUUGGAUAUAGUCUUCAAACAUCUCGAUUUGACAGAGAGGGAUUACUUUGGUUUACAACUGGCAGAUGAACCCACUGAUAACCCUAGGUGGUUGGAUCCAAACAAACCUAUCAGGAAACAAUUAAAAAGAGGAUCUCCUCACAGUUUGAACUUGAGAGUUAAGUUUUUUGUAAGUGACCCAAACAAGCUCCAAGAAGAAUAUACAAGGUAGGUCUAGUUAAUUUAUCAAUAG